UCCGCUCUCAACCACAUCCCGAACAUUGGGCCCAUGGACGCGGUCCCCGUGCUGCGCCCCGCGGCAACCGAAAACCUCGCGCCGCAGCCUUUUCUCGAGAUGCACAUGCCGUGGACUGCGUGCGAUAGCGACGAAGAUAUGGGGAUUGCGUUUCUACCUCACUUCUACGACGGAGGAGCCAGACACGCGCUGGGGUAUUUUAGUAUAGUGCAGUGUCCACUGCGGGGGAGGGUUCUGGGCACUGCUUUUCUCACGCCGUGUGUGGAGGAAGAUCUGAGGCGGUUUGGAUUGGUGGAGUACGUGGGGUCGUUGGAGGGAGUAGAGGCGAUGGGGUGGGUUGGGUGUGUGAACGGCAAGUGGUUGGAGAGAGACACAGUGGAGGAUUAUGCGGAGUGGAAGUUGGUUUUUAGAAUUGCAAGUGUGACAUGGGAGGGGCGAAUAGGAUUGUUGAGAGGGGAGCUCGAGGGGUCAUGAGAGGUACUCUACAUUGUCAGACAUCCUUAUCAGAACGCGCAUACCAUGUUAGGCAAAAGUGGUGCGUUAGAUCUUCCCAUUGAAUUGCAUGACAUGUGCAUGAGAGUCAAUGAUACAAUCGGAGAGGUGAAUCAGC